AUGUCUUUCGCCAGGCGUGAUCUGCUACAGCGUCACUACACUGUCCAUGGCCGGGACUCCAAUAACCAAGAGGGCUUACCUGCCAACAAUGGAAUGAUUCCCAAAUCCGCUGGAAGGACUCCAAUUGCGUGCAGUAACUGCGCCAAGACGAAGACGAAAUGCGACAAGAAGUUCCCUUGCAGUCGUUGCGCCGGCCGGAACCUCAAAUGCACACUUCGACCCACCAGACGUGCCUCGAAGAACGUAAACCGCAUACCCGCUCCUGGCGAGGGCACAGGCAGUGGCAGCUCGUCUGAGAAGGGGGAUAUCACCGCUCCUGGCUCUGCACGAACGUCGCCGCAGCCGCAAUCAGACUCGUCGAACACGACUCCAGAUGAGAAGCCUCUCACUGAAGGGCAGCCGAGCUUCUUCGAACAGAGCCCGCCGAACGUACAAGCGCAGAUGCUACCAACCGUCCUCUCGCCUUUACCUACGCCAGGAAACGGGUUCAUCCAGCACACCCCCAUGUCAGGCUACGAGGAUUUCAUAAGAACUGGCAGAGAGGGACCAGAGCAUAGCAGCCCGCGCUUCAUGAUGGAAUGGGCGCAGAUGCAGAUGGCUCCUGGAUUUGACGCCAUGGGAAGGCCCGACAUGAUGAUGGCCGCAGAGAUGGGCCUUGAUAUGCACGGCCUACCGGGACCGCAUACGGAUGGAAUGAUGACCAUGAUGCCUGAGAUGACUCAUGCUCUCCCACCCGUGCAGACACCGCUCGCUACGCCCAGACUGGACGGUACCUUCUCGGACAUGGAGCUCGGAAGUUCCGCUGCAUUGUUCUAUCCGCAUAACGGUAACCUAGCCGUAGCACACGAUGCUGGCGUUCCUGAUCUUGGUGCAAUCAUUGCGGCGCAGGACGGCUGGACCGUUUUCCGCUGCACACCCCCCAUUCCUUCGAGUUCAUGUCCUAAAACUGCCAAGCUCAACCUGGAAAGGUUGGAACAAAGUCUUCGAAACCACGAAAGCUGGAGCAACUGGAGACCGACCUGGGACGAGUCCGAUUUUGCGGCUGGUGAGCAAGUUGCUGUCAUGCAACUGCACGAGAGUAGCCGGGAUAAGCUCUUAGCCAUCACGCAAACGUUUCUUCACAAGGCCUUGGAUAUCCACAAGGAAGGAAUGAGCGGCUCGCCGAACAGCAAUGGAUCACCACUCUCGACUGCUACGAAUUUCGUGCUGCUUCCGCCUGCGCGGGUCUUGGAAUACUUUCUUCGGUCGUAUGCCAACAGCUUCGAGCGAUACUAUCCGCUCACUUCGAAAGGGAUGCUCGAUGCGAAUGAGCUUCUCCAAUGCUUCAACGACAAAGCAUCUAGUUUAUUGGUUUUGAUGAUGAUUGCUCAAGGAGCUAUGGCGAUUCCGUCGGUCGAGGCUCGUUGGUUGACCGGUGGAUUGACCGAAGCCUGCCGCAUUUCCCUUUUCGACUUGAUUGAGAAAAACAUAAUCAUGGCGAGCGAUCCCGUUGUUCUUCACAGUGCGCUUCUCUUUACCGUCCAAGCAGCCUGGAGUGGAGACAAGUGGCAGAUGGAUAUUGCGAUGGGCCAGCGCGGCAUGUACUUCGCCAUGUUGAGGCACUCCGGAGUGUUGGAACCUAGACAUGCUCCAGCGCCUCGAAUCGACCCCCGAGGCGGUCCAGAGGGGCUGUGGAAUGACUGGAUCCAGCAAGAGAGCAGAAGCAGGUUGAUAUACUCGUGGGUAAUGGUCGACCAGGAUCUUUCACUCUUUCAUGAUGCGGCACCCCUGUUCUCUGUCACCGAGUUCGGUGCGCCGAUGCCUGACUCGGAUCGCCUGUGGCAGGCCAAGACUGCGACGGAGUGGUCCGAGAUCUUUAACCAGGUACAUGAAUUCUCGGGAGGGUAUCCGUCGGUUGGUUCGGGUGCUCGUCCGCUAUCUCUUCGUGAUUUGUUCCGUCAUUUCUUGGAUGAUGAGAUUAUUGCUCAAGGUAUCGAGCUCACUCCGCUCCAUUUGAGAUUGCUUCUCCAUCCUCUUCAGUCGAUGGUCGCCCAGUACUGCCAGCUCUUGAGCUGCUUUUCCGACAAUGUAGCGUCCCGUCAGCGGACCCGGACAGUCACUGCGGCAUCGACCAGAGUUCGCCUUGAGGAGGUACAGACGCUGUUGCAACGUUGGUACGACCUGGCGAUCAGGUACACCAAAGCCAACCCAAUGUGUACCAUGAUGCAGGCGACUCUGGUCAUGUUCCACUUGAUCAGCCUCAACGCGGUGACAAACUUUCCCGAGAUCGAGCGUCUCGCCAGAAGGGAAGGAACCGAUGGUACCUACCAGCAGCUCAUCUGGCUACACAAACGAUGCAUCUCCGACGUCGAGGAAUCCAUCUUCCACUGCGGUCAGAUCCUUCGUCUCAUCCGAUCGAUGCCAAGGGGCAUUCGUCCGCCUUGGUGGCCGGGUGCAAUCUACCGGGUGGCCUUGAUCCUGUGGACGGAUAGCUUGACGCACAACGAGUCCAUCACGCCUUCCUCGGGCAUGUUCCCUGUACCAGGACCUUCCUUCGCGGUCGACGCACUGCCAGCGGAGCAUCCUCUGGUAGUCCGGUACCUUACGAAAAGGGAGGGAGUGCCGACGCUGACCAAGAGGGACGGCACUCAAAUUCCAAUGGACCAUGCGUACACCGUUCUUUCGCACUGCGUCGCAGUCAUCGAUGAGGGUGUUGCAACGCGGUUUUCCGAUGGCAUCCGGGGAAAGCUCCUCAGGCUGGUGAACGGUUAA